AUUUUACAAACUGAAGAAGGGCUUGCUCUAGUUAGCCGCCGGGCUGGAGGGCGGGGCUGGUAGGCUCGGGAGCACAGGCUCCGUGCUGUAUGCGGCCGUCCUCCCGCAUCGGAUGCUGUAGCGGGGGGGGCGUCCAAGAAGGCCGUGAGCCUGGGCCUUCCCCUCCCCGGGAGUUGUCAUCAUGACUUCCAGCGGGGGCCUGCUGGACCCCUCCCUGCAAACCGCCUUUCCCACGCCCAGCAGGAUCCCCGUGCUGGCCCGGAAAUGCCUGCUCCUCUCUGAGGGGGGGUCCCACGCCUCGGGCCGGGAGAAUCGGGAUCCAAAAGGAAUGGUGCAGAGGAAGAUUUUUCGUGCCCAGUUUCUCCAAAAAGACCAUGUCAGCUCUAAGCACAAGCUGAAGCAGCAGGCUGUGGGCUCGAAGGGGAAGAAAACCCGACCCCGGGCCCCCCUGGAGGAAAUCAGCCUUGGCUCUGCGGCCCAGAACGCGAGGGCUGAGCCUCCACCUGGGCCAGGUACUGCUUUGAGGUCCAAGAAGACCGCUUUUGUAGCCGCCGAUGACUGCUCGGACGGAAAAGAAGCGGCCGCUGCGAGGUCCCCUGGGAGAGGAGGGGCAAAAGCGAGAAGCCCUGGAGAUUUGACCGCCACAUUGCCAAGUAUGGAGGUGACUAGUGGUGCUCCCCGCUGCCGGACCGGUCUUGCUCAAAGAGUACUGAUCCGGGGAAACCAAAACCAAAAAGAUGCCUACUGUGGGGCACAGGUCCAGACGCCAGCUCAUCAUACCAGAUCUUCACUUUUCAGUAGCAAUCAGAAGUCAACAGAAAGAAGUGUCAUCAGCCAGGCCCAGAAGAGUAGUGAUUCAGGACAACCCUGGGCAAGAACAAGGCUACCAGCUCACCAACCCCCAAGAGAGCUGACUGUCCCUGCCUAUUCUGCAGUGCUGAACAGUUCCCAAAGUAGACGGGAAACCCACAGUCUUGCUCAGCAGGUGCUAUUGAAAGGAACACAUGAAGCCCCUCUCCCCAUGGAUAGCCCUGACUUCCCUUGGACUUCUCAUGGUCGGUUCACUCCUGGCCAGGUAGGCCAUGCCUCACCCUUUGGACUAGCCAAUCGAGUACCUGUCUCCCGUCCACCAGCUCUGACUUCCUAUUCCGUGGUGCGCCAUUUGGCUGUCUUCUCCAAGACUUCUCAGGCCACCCCUGCCCCAGCUUCCAGCCUUCAGGAGGAGCAGAUUGUUGUCAAGCAGUUGUAUGAAGAAAGCUGGACAGGUCUGGAGGAGAAGCCUGAGAAACCCUCCCCCAUAACUCCUCUUAACAGAAAAUCGCUGGAACUGAAUAAACACCAGGCAGAUCCUAGGGAUAUAGGAGUAGUAACCCCAUCCAAUAGGAUAUCCCUGGAGUUAAGCAAACACAAGGUGGACCCCAGAGAUGGUAAGGUUUCAGCCCCAUCCAACUGGAUGUCCCUGGAACUAAGCAGACACGAGGAUUCCAAAGAUGUUGGGGUAGGAACUUCAUCGAACAAGAUGUCCCUGGAGCUGAGCACGCAUGAGCGCAUCAAUAUCUUGAAGCAGCUACUACAACAGGAGGUAGAAGGGCUGACUAAGGUAGAAGAUAGCCACCAGAGUGGCAAGUCUCACCUUAAACUGAUCGAGCCCAAGCUGGCUAUGAUUCCUUGUAUCUCAGAACCCUCAGAUCAUUGUUCUGCACUUCCCAAUCCCCAAGGACCUAAACAGCAUCCCGAUGUUGGGGAACCCAUCUCUACUGGGAGUCCAGGCAUUCAAGAACUUACACAGCAACCUAACUUUGGCGUGUGUACCACAGCUUCUACCAACUUGACCUUUUUUCAGUGUCCCCUCUGUGGCAGCAUUCCUCUCCAUUCCCUUGACUCCUUACGGAGUCCCAUGGGCACAAUCGGUCCUGCUGUCCUAGCCCUAUGCCAGCAACUCAAUACAUGGCUGGAAGCCAUUAGACUUCUCUAUGAAGGCUGCCUGGAUGAUGAGUGUGCCUUCUAUACAGGACGAGGCAUUCCUGGCCCCCAGAGGAUCUGUAAGAAUCCUGUGGCCACAUGGCUGGAGAGGCAGGAGGCCAUGGAUUUUGUUCCAAUCUCUUCUCCAGAUCCCUAGGACUAUUCCAAAUCUCCCCACACUUCAAUCCUCCUUAUUUAUUAUAUGUGUAUCUUUUUUUUUAACCUUUCAAUAAAAUUUUGUGA